CGCGCGCGUGCGUGUGUGUGUGCGCGUGUGCGUGCGUGCGUGUGUGUGACGGGAAGGAGACCCGCCUGCCCGCGACGCGCAACAGUGGAGCGCAGUGUGCUGGGCGCCGCACGGCGAGUGGCAUACGAAUCGGGGGCGCCGCUCAAUGGGCUGCGCGCUCGUCUCACGCCACUCAAAGCCACGCCGUCUAGACAAGUUGUCGCUGCGCGGAGCCACACGUUGCCAUGGCGUUUUAAAUGCAUCUGCCGUGAAUCUGGCCCGCUUAUAUUAGCCGGAGCGGGAGGAUUGCCUGCGAGUGAGUGAGAGAGAAGGCGGCUCCAAUAACGAACGCGGGACCUCCGCCGCCUCGUGGGUUUUUGGUGUGCGGGGCCGCUGCAACCGCACGGAGACAUCCCAUCCCGUUCUAUUAAAAGCAGCGGGCUCCGUACGGGACUGAGCUAUUUGUGAACGCGAUUCAAUUUGGUGGACUCGCGUAUGCCGAACAAAUGGAGCAGUCGCAGUGUUUGUUUGUGGCCUGCUUCUUUUUAUUCUUCAUGAGGAAUCACCAAGGACUGUGCCAGCAUUACUUUCAUCUGCGGCCGGUCCCGAGUGAAAACCUCCCUGUUAUAGAUUUGGUGGAAGACCCGGACCCGGAGCUCGACCCCAAGGCCAAGGACUUGGACGAGAGGGCGCUCCUCAAGAAGCUUGGCAGCAACUUCGACCACAACUUCAUGUCCAUCGCGACGCCCGAGUCCGAGAGGCAGCCGGGAGGCGAGUCGACAACCACAACCACCACCACCACCGCAGCCGUGACCGCCGCGGACAGGAAGCCAAAGCCCACGGGGCCCAUACCCAGCGACAUCAAGAGGCUCGACCUCACGGAGACGCUGUACGGCCAGAAGCUGAAGCUGGGCAAGCGAGCGCGCCGCAAGUUCCUGCAGUGGCUGUGGGCGCACACCGCCUGCCCCGUGGUGUACUCCUGGAAGGAGCUCAACGUCCGCUUCUGGCCCCGCUACAUCAAGGAAGGGAGCUGCUACAGCGCCCGCUCGUGCUCCGUCCCCGAGGGCAUGGUGUGCAAGCCGGUCAAGUUCAGCAACAAGACGUUCCUGCGAUGGCACUGCCAGGGAUGGGGCCGGCAAAGGUUCUGCACGUGGAUUCCUAUACAAUAUCCCGUCCUCACCGAGUGCAAAUGCUCGUGCUGAUGGGGGGACAUCUGGGGACGCGUGGUUUUUUUGUACGGGUGAUUUCGCACUUGCCGUCGCUGCGGGUUGAGGCCGAGCGGAUAUCUCUGCGGUUGCCGAGGAGCCGAGACGUCCCGGAGAGCUCUGGAGGGCUGAUGGUGAAGGGGGGGGGAGAGACCGAAGACUACGGAGGAGGCGGCGGCGCCUCUACGGGACCUCACGCGCGCGCGCACUCGCGCGUGCGCGCGCGCGCACCCGCGCGUACUCAGUUGCUAUGACAUUCGUGUCCGGAGAGGAUACGCGUGGAUGUGUGCAUCGAUAUCUCCCCGUGGCAGGGAGGGAGAGAGAGAGUGCGCGCGCACAAGGGUGGAGGAUGUCAUCGAUGUUGGGAUGGAACUUAACACAAAAAAACAAGGUGGAAGAAGGAGAUGAUGAUGAUGACUACGACGAUCGACGACGAAAGGAGAGCAAGAAUAAGAAGAAAGGCAAUGAAUUGGAGCAAAACGACAAAGCUAAUAAGUAAAGAGACUGAUGUGAUGUGUUAAAAGACAACAUAACUUCUGCUGCUUGGCGGAGUAAGGCAUCUGGCCUGGAUGCGAUUCGAGAUAAUUACGUGUAGCCUUGUACACUAGGUGAUGUCGUUUCGUUAUUUUUCUAAAUAUACAGUAUAAACGAAACGAACAUUGGACACAUAUCUCCCACGUGGUAUAUAUGUACAUAUAUACCGUAUUGUUUGCUAGUCACAUCAUAUUUUGUUACCUUGCAAAAAAUACCGAUGAUAAUAAUAUUAAGUAAAAGAAGGAAACUGACGUUAAUAAGAGAUAAUGUAAAUGUAAUAUGUUAUAUUUAUUUAUCGAUUUAUUUGCCUAGAUGUUUAAUUUUUUUCGAAAUGUAAAGGUAAUGUGAAAUAUGCAAAUAUUCUUCCAUAAAGUCACCUCCGCUAUACUCACGCAAGUCUCGUGUCUCGUGUGCAGCGCGCGUCUCAGCAUUAACGCGACCAUAUAUAGCCGGCUUAGACCAUUAAUUGGGAACUAAAAUAACACCCCCCUUAACCAUGAGUGCUCCGCUUGCAAAUCACCAUGAGGCGAGGUUAAACAUCGCUAACUGCUGCGCUCUGUGUGCAAUAUUAAACACAAGGUCGGUUGAAAUCCACGUCGUUUUGAGCUUUGUUGCGGUCGAUUCAUCAUCACCAACAUCAAUCCGUCGCUUUGCAAAGUUUUGAGUGCUGCGUCCCUUAACGCUCAACAAAACGCUUCAAUUCCUAACUCAAGGGAGACACCUCUAGGCGGCCCGCGAAAGCAUUGCGCGCGUUCCUCGAGAAGUGUGGAAUCCUUGGCAUUUCAGACGAGGAGUUGGUUGCCUUCAAGUUAUGUGCUCACGCACGCACGCACGGGUGUCGCUAAAGGCAAAUCAUAGCAACGAUCGUUCUCGCUUAGCUCCCCGGUGCUGAACCUCGCUCACGAUGUAACCUGUGAUUGUCAUUGGUUGUUACCGCUGUGGGGGAAAUGCGCUUCGCACACAACGCAGCAUCUUCAUAUUCUGAAAAUGCGUAAAACUCUUCGAUAGGGUCGGCGGGCAUCAUUAUUGGUUGCGCAACAACAACAACAACUAAAGCAAAACAUCACCAGUGGCGCGACUGCGUUUUUUUAUAUUUCACAGCGCCCCGGUUUUUGUCUGCCAAUGGACGCUCUUUAUUGCUUACUUGCAGGCUUUUUUGUUCGCAUAAUUGAGACAGCCGGUCAGGGUUUCCAGGACGUUGUAAACGAUACGCGUUUUCUUCAUUUUUUUGUUGCGUUAACCUCCGCGAAAUUGACCACAGGGCGCGUUACAAACCACCCUCGUGAUUCGCAACGUAAACGCGACGAGCUGUCAAGCAUUGCUUCGGAUUGCCGCGGCCCCCCCCCGUUACGUGCGGGUGCUAUUCGUCAAAAAGAGGGACAAAUUUUCCGCGCGCUUGAGCCGUGAUUAUGUUAACGGGGCGCAGAUUCGCGGCACGGCCCGGAAAAGACACGUGGCGAGCGAACGGCGCGCGGAGCGGGCUCAUUCCGUUCGUAAUUUCAUAUUCCGAGGACAAAUGUUUGGCAGAGGUCGUGAACCGACAAAUGCAAAGGGGGAGAAAGAAACGUGGGAGACAAUCCACAGGCAGUAACGAGGACACAAUUUGGUUAACAUCUUGGAAGAGAGUGUGUGUGUGUGCUUUUUUGUCUGUCUGGCUCCACGUAUCUGAAUUAUAGCCCAACAUUGAUGUUAACAAGUCAGUAAAUUUAAAUCUGCAGAGCAAAAUGUGGCCUUCCGGAUUGGUCUAUGCGGGCAGCAAUGGACAAUGUGAUCCCUAUUCACAAGCAGCACAGCCAAUACGCCAAAUGUAAAGUAAGACUAUAAUCGCGCCACUGUGAAAAUAGCCUGCACGUGGUGUCAUGUUUUUUAUUAUUAUAAUUAUUUAUGUAUUUAAUUAGUCAAUUGUUUAUGUAUUUAUUGAACGAAAGUUAACUAUGUUUAUUGAAACGUGGGUAUAUAACGGUGCUUCGAUGUUGUUCUACAAAAAUAGAUGGACUAUUUAAAAUAUUUUGCAAAAACAAAAUUGGCAAUGCAUAAGAAAAAACAAUGGUUUGUUUCACGUUUCUGCCACACAGAUGUGUCGUUCUAAAUAAAGUGCACGC